AUGGAUGAAUAUGUAAACAAUGAUUUUAUCUGGGAUACGACGGCUACAACUACAACUGAGGCAUUAGUCGAAGAAGAUUUAUCACUUGGUUCUAUUCUACUGGCCGUUAUUAUGGGUGCAAUAUCGAUCAUUACUGUUGUUGGUAAUUUAGCUGUACUACUUUCAUAUUAUAUUGAUAAAAAUAUUCGUCAACCGAGCAAUUAUUUCAUUUUUUCGCUCGCUGUCUCCGAUUUGGUAAGUCUUUUUGAUAUAUUUUUGAAAAUCAGGUAA